AUGCCAGUCAAUCAAGUCAGGUCAGGUCAGUGGUUUUCGUUAUCAACUCGCGCCUCUUUUCUAGCGGCGGAACCUCGGUCAAAUUAUGUGCUAAUGGAAAUGUUGCGGCGGCGGUCAACGAACGUGAGGCAGACAAGAGACGAAAACAGCGCUCCAUCCCAUCCCUCCCUCCCUCUAGUAGUAGUUAAGGUCAAGAGUCAAGUCAGCGGCGUUGGUUUAUGUCCCGCUUCCCCAUUUGAGGGGAGACCCUUGGAUCUGCCGCCAAGUCUGCUGCCGAGAAAGCGUAAUUUUGCGGAGAGGUGGUUGUGCCCCACCGCUUUCGACAGUUACCUAUCGCGAUACGGUGAGGGAAGCUCGGACUUUGUCGCGAAGGCGUUUGGGAGGCGAUUUAUGUGA